AUGCUCCGAACCAUUAACCUCAGAAUACAUACCACUCAAUCAAAACAAAGUAGUUACUUGACUACUUCGUUGAUUGGGUGAUCGAUGAUUCGCAAUCCGUAAUCCGAAUCCGAUCCGCAUUACGUAGUGCGUGCGUGUGACACGGGCUUAUUAGUUAUUGUAUUAGCCAAUGUUUUGGAAGCUGCAAAAAUAAUUAACCUAUUAAUCUUCAUAACCUGGGAAUUCAAAACAUUUAAAUAACCUUAUAAAAAAAAUAAAAUAAACAUUUAUAUACAAUCUCUCAACAGAAUUAUUAUUAAAACUCUUUUCUAAAAACACGAAAGUGUAGGACAUGAAAGUUGUAAAAGGAAAUUGGAAUACUCUUUUGAGCAAUUACGAGGUUCUAGAUAUUUUGCGAAAUACAAAAUCCCAUAAAAAACAGAAGCCGAAUCAAUUGGCGACCAUUACUUAUCAGACAAUCAAAUAUUUGGAAAGCAUGCCAUGCAAGACGCAGAACCCAGAGAAAAUCAAGGAGUUUUUAAAAGCAAUGGAGCCUUUCAAAUUGACUAAAGCUGAAAAGCUUGCUCUUCUCAACCUCUGCCCUACUCGACCAAUCGAAAUACAAUUGUUGAUUGAAGAAAGCGAGGAACGUCUAUCGGAGGAAGAGUUGGAAACUGUGCUGCAAAUAGUCGCAAAUGUGCGAGGUGAUUACGAAUAUAAAGAAGAAGAAACUUAAUCUAGAUCUUAACAUAACUUAUUUAAAUAUAUUUUAUAUGUACAUUUUAUUUUAUAAUAAAACAUGUGACUGGAAAUAGUAUAUUAAA